GUAAAGUGGCCAUUUUGUUUGCGAGUGUUUCUGACGUUUAUUUAUUGGUGGGAUUAAAUAUUUAUAUUGUAAUGGUUUUGUGAUGUAAUAUCUAGAAAAUCUUAAAAUCAUUUGGAUAAAGUGAUCUAAUCGAAUAGGAAGUUACAUAUUUUAAAUGGGAUUUUAUGUAGACAAGUACACAAUGGUAACCAACGCUUUUCGUCGGCUUUGAAUGCGGAAGUUUGAGCAGAAAAAAUCUGUCUGAAAAGCUCAAAACUGCUGGAAUUAUAUUUUAAUUAGGCUGAAUAUCUCUGAGUGAUUGAGAUGGGUUGUAUAUCGACGCUCGCAAGAGUGUUUUUGGUUGUAGUGAAUAUAUUUUUUCUGGUUAUCGGCUUGGUGUUCUUUUCUCUUGGACUCUUUGUCCGCUUCAAAUCAGCCGUCAUCAACGAUUAUGUGGACGGUGUGAAAGAAUCCUUGGAGACAUCAGCCAGUAGUUCUGGAUUCGGUAAAGUAGACCUCUCAAGUUUUGACUUAACCGAUUUACUGUUUGGUGUGGCCUUAGGUCUUAUCUUCUUCGGCUUGUUUCUAAUCAUCGUAACAGUUCUAGGGUGCUGUGGAGGAUGCUGCAAGAUAAAGUUUAUGCUGAUUUUGUAUGUCGUAGUGUGUGGGGUGUUGCUGAUUGGUCAGAUCAUCGUCAUUGGCAUACUGUAUGGAUCUCCAAACACGUUUCACGACCCAGCGAAAGAUAAACUCAAGGACCAGAUUAAAUCGGACUAUGCAGGUCUCAAUGGAACCGAUAUUGUCUCAAUAGGCUGGAAUGUAGUCAUGCAACAGGUGGACUGCUGUGGUGUAGAUAGCUAUAAAGACUUUACUGGAGCAACAAACUGGAUAGUGAACUAUGCGUCCUAUGGUUAUACGUUAAAGACACCACUGGCCUGCUGCAUGACGCUACCAACUUCCCAAGACUUUACCUGUGCAUCUACAACUGGGGCGACUGCAACCAAUAAUUAUUUAGAAACGGGAUGUUAUGAUAAAAUAUGGGAAGAUACUCUUGGUAAUACAGCUAUAAUGGUCGGCUCUCUGGUGGGAGUUGCCGUCUUUCAGCUGCUACUGAUAUUGUUUGGGAUCAUUAUUUUGUGUAGCAUGAAGAAGAACAAGACUGGACAUAAGGAGUUUUAGCCCUUGCAUUGUUGGUUUUUGGAGUAAUUUUGAUCCUCGAAGUAAGAAAAAACAAGACAUCGCCGAGGAAGUAGCAAUAUUGGAAAAUAGGGCUUCAACCUCAAAUGUUUAUUGGCAAGUUCUUACACGCCACAGGCAGGCUCACAACUCUUAGUAGUUGUUUUUCUGUAAUGAAACCUGAAAAAUGUUGACAUAACAUUUUAGCUUAAAUCUGUAGUUAAAGAAUGUUUCCAAAUUAAUUCUACAAAUUAUCCCCCACUGACUUUUAUUUCUGUUUUAAGUCGGACCUAGAUUGCUCACAAGACCGAAUGACCGUGCCACAGGUUAUUAUGCACUUCUUCGAGCAAUUAUUCCGCAAUGAAACAGGGCAAUCACGUAUUUACCCAUAAUUCAUUAAUCAAAAAAAAGCCUAUAACCACAUCGUGGUAAUUGUUGGUAAAUUUGAGAGCCUUUUAUUUACAUAGGUUCAAACUGAUUCCAGCCUAAUUGUAUCCUUUAUUAAUGAAACUAAUUUCUUUUUAUUGCCUUUAUAGUAUUUAUUGCAGUUUUGGGGAAGGCAUAUGGAGAAAUAAAAAUUAUAAAUUCAACUUACAAAGUGCCAAGUUUCAAGUCCAAAGACUAAUAAAAAAAAUUAAGUUAUAAUACGAUCGUAUUAAAAAGUCUUGAAGCAUAUGUAUCAAAGCAAAAAAUGUUAUGUCAACAGAUCAACUGUGAUAUCAACCAAUGAAGGGCCUAAUUUUAUUUUUGAAUGUAUGUACUUUUCAAAGCUGAUAGUAUGACUGUGAUAUUUUUAUUUUUGUUUCUUACCAUUACAUUUUUGUUCUAAUUUUGAUCAAAAUAGACAACUGUGUUACUAAAUACAAGCAAUCGUACAAAGCAUUAUAUGAUCACGAAAUGAACAGAAAUGUGACAGCUUAAACUCUUCGCUUUUUUCUGUAUGUGUUUUCAAGAAGAUAUCUCGGCGAUCUUGCUACAUGUAGGCCUAAUACUAUAUAUAAGUUUCUAGCAACACUGUCGCUACGCAUAUAAUAUUCUAAUACUAGUAGAUAAUUAUGUUUAAAUUAUAAGUAUUUCGUGGUUGUAUUUGCCUUGUCCUCUCUUUAACAUGUCCAUUACAUAUCAUAUUAGAUCUGUUUAAUGUUAUAUUUUAUUCUGAAAGGUCGUUUUUUGUUUUAUUUGUAUGUCCCCGAAGAGAGGCAUAUUAGUUUUCAACUGUCCGUCCGUUCGUUAGUUCGUUCGUUCGUCACAACGUUAACUUUUUCCAUGAAAGCACUUUACUCGCGAAUCACUGCACCCAGGACCUUCAAACGUCACAUGCUGAUAGUACUUAUUGAGUACACGACCCCUACUGACUUUGGGGUCACCAGGUCAAAGGUCAAGGUCACAAGGUCAAAGGUCAAGGCGCUGCGGGGGCAUUUGUCACCAUUAGUGACAGCUCUUGUUCAUAAUAUUUUACAAUGUGUAAAUAUCACUUCUUAAAACAUUGACAUUUUUCUGUAGGAAAAUCAGCUGUUGAUUUAAUUUUCUCCUAAAAUAUUGUUUUGAUUUAUUUUAUAUAUGAGUACUUUAAAUUUUCAUGGCAAAUAUAGUAUAAGAUAUAAUCUUAUUUUGUAUCCCCUUGUCUGGUGUUUGCAUAAAUAUCUUUUUUGUUAUUAUUCAACUAGUGCGUAUUCAUUUAUGAGUAUUGUACGAAUGUAUUGUAUCACGUUUAUCCACACAUCUACAUUUACAUUGUAUAUAUAUACGUUUAAAUAUAUAUGACUGCAAAACAGCGUACUUGAUUUAUUCACGUAUCAGAAAUGACAAUAACAUUCUUUAAUCCUUGCAGCAGUUGCAUUAUUUAAAUUUCAAGAUUGUGCCUAAAAUUAUUCAUGUUACAUUAUCAAUACGUUCCCGCUGCUGGUCGGCAGGAAGAUUGUAAUACAAGUAAAAUAUUGCCACUAGAUUCUUAUUGUGUUACAAUGUUUGUGAUGAAUGUAGGUACUAAUAAACUUUGAUAAUGUGACAGUUGACCCCAAUACAAUCGACACUGUUUAUUUUGCAAUACAGGUAAAUCCAACGACUGCUUUACAAUAGAUCUUUGACGGAUUAUCUUUGAACAUCCCUGGACUUAUUGGACUCAACUGUCACAUUAUCAAAGCUUAUUAGUAUCUUACAGGCCUGCCUUUGUAAGAUAGGAUCGUCUUGCAUACCAGGCGGGGAUUUCCGGUAUUUUUACCGGUGCUGAAAAAUCAAUCUUACACCCCGGGGUGUAAGAUUACUCCGGGGUGCUUGACGAACGGCAUAUAUGUAGAAGAUACAUGUAGUAUUUUAAAUUUUACUUUAAAAAAUACAGAAUAAAAAUCCAAUACUUCCACAGUUCCUCCUGAUAGUAUAUUUCUCGAUACAAAAUCGUUAUUUUUUCAAAAAUUCGUAACUUUACGCUGCAUCUGAUUAAAACAAAACCAUAAAUAUUGUUAUUUGUCUUUGAAAUACGCUGUUAUAAGAAAUGGCUCUAAAAAGAAAGCCGUUCGUUUAUCAUUAUUUCUUGAAUAUGGUAUGCAAAGAAAAAGAUUCAAGCACUGCUUGUCGGUGCAGACGGGAAUCUCCGGCUUUCGGAUAACUGUUUAUGCGGUAUCUCGGCAGAGCCUCGUUACCGCCUAAACAGUUACCCUCGAGGCCGGAAAAUCCCAUCUGCACCUUCAACCAGUGAAAGAAUCUUACAUCAUAUAUGGAGAAAGACCCGUAUGUAUGUAUGUACGUACGUAUGUAUGUAUGUAUGUACGUACGUACGUACGUACGCACGUACGCACGCACGUAUGUAUGUACUCGUUUGUAUUUAUGGAUGGGUGCAUGCAUGUAUGUUUGUGUAGACGUGUGUGGCUUAAACAUAUUUAUAAUUCUAACAUGGCCUGAUUUAUUUAUCAGCUAAACAAAGAAGAAUGAAAAUUGCAACAAAUGUCAUCUGAUCUUUAAAUAUAUUUUUUUCUCAACGAUAAAUCACUGUUUGGGAUAACUUAUUUCAUAAAAAAUACGUUCUUUGACACUCAAAAAGCAUUUCUCGCAAAUAAAUGAAAAUACUUGUUAAUGCAUGUAUAUAACUUUGUAAUAUCUUUGUUAAUCAUAGUUAUACAUUACUGUUUUAAUAAAAGUGUUGUUUUAUCA